UACCUUCGAACUGUCAACCUGUCCGACAGACAACAGUAUAAAGGUGUAGCUUGACACUACUCGACAGGUGUGUACAGUGUAGUUUACAAGGUGGCAAGCCGAGAAUUUCACCAGAAUUUGUGGUUGUAAUUUUUGGAUUACCAUGCGUGCAGAUGAGUUAAUUAAUUGAGAUGUACAUGAGCUACCUGCUCGAUAAAGAAACCGGAAUGUACUCAAAUUCCAUAAGACGCCAGACUCAGAACUUCAUGCAAUAUGGGGAGUUCACCAGUUAUCAUCACGUCACGGGCAUCAGUGACCCGCAUGCCCAGACGACAAGUCUGUGGAACCCCGUUUACGAAGCCCCGCUGGAGCAGUGGUCACUUUAUGGCCACAGUGCGGGCUUCCCCGGUUCGAACCCUGUUAUGGAACAGAUACGUGUUAGUUCACCCGAACUGACUUCCAUCUCGCCUGCCGGUCCCGGAAUUCUCCCGUCACUCGACUCACGUACCAGGCAGUAUUCUCCAGACUCACAGAGAAGAAACUCGUACACUGGGAUCAGACGAAAUAUACAUUCAUCCAGUACUGGAGGGAAGACACGCACCAAGGACAAGUACAGGGUGGUGUACACAGACCAGCAGCGCCUGGAGCUAGAGAAGGAGUUCCAGUCCAGUAGAUACAUCACCAUCAGGAGGAAGACAGAACUUUCCCUGGGCCUCAGCCUCUCAGAGAGACAGGUGAAGAUCUGGUUCCAGAACAGGAGAGCCAAGGAGAGGAAGAUAACCAAGAAGAAGAUCCUGCUGUCCCAGCAGGCUUCCACGACCACUCCCACCCUGACCCCGCCCAGCCUGGCUUACCCCAGCAACGGUUCCAUAGCAACCAGCUGCAGCAGCUUGUUGUCAGAGACGAUAUCAACAACUAUCAAAGAGGAGUUCUGAGGAGUUCCUUUACCGUAGACAUACUGUACAACACUGGAAUAACCAUAUCAAACUGGUAUUCCCAUGACAAUCACUACAUAAGAUGUAAUUGACCUCAAUGAUGUGAUGAAAAUACUAUUACAUGCAUCUGUCACUACACACCUCUAGUAUAAUACUACGUUUUGUGUUUUGAUAUAGCCCAAAGUUAUCUGGGCUCCCGAGUGGCGCAGUGGUCUAAGACACUGCAUCUCAGCACAAGAGGUGCUAUUGCAAUACCUGGUUCAAAUCCAAGCUACAAAACAUCUGGCUGUGAUUGGGAGUCCCAUAGGGUGGUGCACAAUUGGCCCAGUGUUGUCUGGGGUAGGCUGUCAAUGUAAAUAAGAAUUUGUUACCAACUGACUUGCCUGCUUAAAUAUAAAACAUUUACAAAUCUGAGAGAAGCACAUGUUACACUAUGCAAAUGUAUAAAAACACUGUAACUGCUUUUGUGUUGAUACUGUAUUUUCUUAAUCCAAUUAAUUUGUAACUGCAAAAUAACAUGACUGUUAUGAAGCACAUGUUUUCUAUGUUUUUUUUCUAUAUUUUGUAUGAAAAGUAUGAUUGGUUUUGAGGAACUGUGAAGAUGUUAAAUUGAAGAGAUGUUGAGAGAAUGUGUAUUUACUGAAAUAUUAUGAAUAGGAAAUCAAUAAGGAUAGUGGAGCAUGAUUCCACUAGUCCUUUUGUUUGGGCAGUGAAAGUAUGUCAGGCCUUUUAUUGCUUGUAUGUGCGUGUUUGUCAAUAGAGCUCGCCAGCUUGUAGUCCUAAAAAACAGAAAUGAGUUACCUCUGGUUCGUUCAGCCAUUCCUAUGGGGGAAAGGAAUGGGGAAAGAAUUGGAUUUUGGGGAUAAACGCUGAAAAUAAGGUCUGAGAUCUUAAGCGUUGAGUUCUCUGAGAUAAUAUCAGCCAGGUAACAUGACCUUUAUGAUUUAUGAAGCCUUCAUGUGCUUUAUGUGCUGACGUUAGCUGAAGAAGAUUAUCUCCUAGAACAAAACGUAGAAGAUAUCCUAAGCCUGUGUUUACCACAGACCUUAUUUUCAGCGUUUAUACUAAAACCAUUCAAAAACUCCAUUCAUUUCCCCGUAAGCUUUGUCCAGCGAGCCAUGGCAGAGUUAGUGCCUUCAUAAAGACGCCAUUACUAUUGCUCUCUAGUGUUAACAGGCAGAUCUAAGGGUAUGGAGGGCAAAGUUCCAGUCGCUGAGCUUCCCAUCUCACAGUCCCAGACAUUGACCUUUGUAAUGUUGGUAUAUAACUGAUUUCAACAUGACUUAAUAAAACAGAGGAUUAUG